AUGGCUGGUUUACCUGCGAAGAUUCGUAUUCAACCCUCCGACGUCAAAGCCGCCGCCUUGUGGGGCGUUACCGCCGCCACCGGCGCUCUCUACCUUGUCCAGCCUUGGGGCUUUUUGAAGAAGACCUUCUUUGAGAAGCCAGAGCCUGAACAAAAAUAA